AUGCAUCUCCGUUAUCUUCUCGCCGUUGCUGCCUUUCUGUUAGACUCUGCUACAUCUGAAAGAUAUGGUUAUAUGUGUCGUCCUGAUACGCAACAAUUUAUUAUGUUUGAUCAGGAAUCAGCCCAGCAAACUUUAACGGAAUAUUGCCCAAAGAUACAGAGAGCAACAAACAGAGAAUUGAAUGACAACACUAGAAAAAAUCGCAGUCCUGCCUACUUUGACCAAGUUGUCAAGCUCGGAUAUUCCGAAUAUUCAAUAGUGGUGAGGGUUCCAGGCCCACACGGUCUCGGAACAGGAUUCAUCAUCACGGACAGGAAUUGUGCCUUUCGUACUAUGCUCUACAUGUUUACAAGAGGCCUACGAAGAUGUUAUUAUGGAGCUCUUGAUAAUUUUCUUUACCAGAUGGUAAAGGAACCGGAAUACGCUCCUGUGGAGAUUGAUAAUCCACACACGAACCCGGUUGCAAGUUCCUUAUGGUGUGGUUCACACUCUAGCUCCAGUUGA